AUGUACACUCAGUGGGCUGGCCAGCCGAAGACGUUACGGACCCCACCCUUAAGGGAAGCGCCGACGGGUAGUAAUGACAACGAGGAGGUGAUCCCCGAGACGCCGAUGGAGGGGAGGCGGAAACGGGAGGACACGGAAUCGAGCACUGACAGCGACACGGACGGGUCGGAGCGAAACCAGACGAAAAGGCCAAGACGUGCUAGCGGGUACGACACUGAAACUGUUAUCGUGUCACCGAAAUCUACCAUGAGCGACCUGGGAGAUAUCAGAAAGCUUCAAACUGAGGGAGCAAUACUGGCGGCGUCGGUACAGAAAACUAUUAACGAGGCAGUGGAAUUCGGGAAGAAAUCCACUAACACGAACAACAUACUCAAGGGGCUAAUUAAUGAUAUCAAGAAGGAGUUCACUAGGCUAGAGAAUCAUAGGCUAAUGGCGGAGAAUAAGUGGGCCAAGUACGUGGCGGGACUGAAAGUGGCUUCGCUAAGGGGUGAUGAGAUUCACGGGUCCGGCGGGAGAAAGACCAGCACGGCGACGGGGAUGUCCCCGAAGGAAACGCGCGACGCGGGUACCAGUCCGGUUAAAGGGGAGAGCGCAAGAAGACGCGAGGCGACUUACGCCACAGCCCUGACCGGGGGUACAGCUCUGCGGGAACCGGUAGUCAUGCUGGAAAGGACGAGCACAGUUUUGCAGCCGAGCGGAGGGGUUGUCGAAAGGGUGAACGAGGAGAGAAAGAAGAGAGUGAGGCUGGUCGAUGUGGGGACCACAUCUGAACGGGAGACGGGAACAGACACUGAGGGGGAGUGGAAGACCCAGGGGAAGAGAAGGCCGCGAAGAAAGGCGGAAUCGGGGAGUGGUAGCGAAGGAACGACCGGCACGGGAGCGAGGCGCAGGAACAGAAGGGCGGAGGCGGUGCUUGUCAAGCUAAAAGGGGAAAAUCAUAUGGAAGACAUUUUGAAGAGAAUCAGACAGACGGAUAUGUCCGGAGUGUCGACAAAGAUAGAGAGUAUAUCGCGGACGAGGAAUGGGGACAUUCUACUCAGGGUUGAGAAGGGAGCGGGGAAGGCCGAGCCGGUUCUUUCUAAGAUCAAGGCCGCAAUUAGCGAUCGGGAGGUAACCCUGCUGGAGGACAACUGCACGCUUGUGGUUAGGGACCUGGACGCCGUCACAACGGAGAAUGAGGUAUUGGGUGCCAUCAUCCAAACGGUGUCAGGAGCAAGAUGCAGGAUUAAGAGCAUGAUUACGGUUGAGAGAGGGCAGAAGGUGGCGUACGUCCACGCCAACCGCGAAGCGGCGGAGGAAAUACUGGCACGGGGGUACCUGCUCGUGGGGCUAACCUCAUGUAGGGUGAGGAUUAGCCAGGACCUAGUGCGGUGCAACCGAUGCUGGGAGAUUGGGCACAUCGCGGACGCGUGCAGGGGGGAGGACCGCAGGGCGCAAUGCUAUAAUUGUGGGAAUGCCGGACACUAUGCGCGGGAGUGCAGUAACGAAGCAACGUGCAAAAGAUGCGAGGGACUGGCGAAGGGCCUGGGGGUCGGGCACAGGGCCUACACAAGGCAGUGCAUGUAUGAGACAAGGAAAUCGGAAAUGGGCGAGACGAUGGCCACAGGAUCACAGGGUGGCGAUACCUCGGCACGACAGGGUGUGGCUAUCGGGCAAGAGGUUGAGAAUCAAGACCGGGACAUAGAAGAGCAAGUAGAUCAUGCUUAG